AGGGGAGAUACCAUGAUCAUGAAGGAACGUUGGAUUUUUCAUUCUAUUUCGUUGGAUGGAUUUUGAGGAAUUCCUUUUUUGUUCCUUUGUUUUGGAGGACCUGCCGUUUGAAGAUGUCGGCUUUUGGAGUGCGACGGAAUGCUAUUCGUUUUGAGCUUUUGAAUGACUUGGCUAUGGACCGAUUGGAGUUUAGUAGGAAUGUGUUGCAAAAAGGACUGGGUUUUCACCCUAGAAAUCUGGAUUUCAUCUUUGCCUUUCCUGCUAACACAGCAGGUUCGGUCCGGGAGGCGCUACAGACCAGCCGGCAGCCAGAGGAGCCCACGACCCCCAACAGCACACUGCCCAGCCAGUUCAAGCAGAGGACGCCCAUGUACAACAGCAGCACCAGCCCCUCAACACCCACUUCUCCGCCUGCCGCCAGCAGCACCCCGACCCCCAGCACUCCCCCAGCCGCGGCACCACAACCCGCCGUGCAGCAACCGCAACCCCCGCCACAGCAGCAGCAACCCAAGAAGAGCCUGUCCCUCACUAGAGAACAGAUGUACGCUGCGCAAGAAAUGUUCAAGACGGCUAACAAGGUCACAAGACCGGAGAAGGCCCUGAUACUGGGGUUCAUGGCAGGAUCUCGAGAAAACCCUUGCCCGGAGCAGGGCGACAUCAUUCAGAUUAAGCUCAGUGAACACACUGAAGUUUUACCAAAGGCAGACGGCACUGGCAGCACCACCAUGCUCGUCGACACAGUUUUUGAGAUGAACUAUUCCACAGGCCAGUGGACCAGACUCAAGAAAUACAAACCUAUAACCAACGUGUCUUGAGUGACCUAAAGGACUUCUUUGGGGGGCAAAUCAAGCUUGUAGAGUGUAGGCCAGAUGCAAUAACAGUUAUAUUUAUGUGACACAUCUAAAAGCAGUUGUAAUGGUUCUGGGCUCCAGUGUUUUUUUUUUUUUUUUUUUUUAUGAUGUCGGUGUCUGAUGUACCUGGAGCAGUCUGUGUAGAUAUGAUCUGUUUAAAGAGGGCUCUCUUUUUAUGUGAACUGGAAAACAAUACACAUUUAAAACAAAUAGCCUGGACUGGUACAGGUAUCUGAGGGCUAGAGUCCAGAAUACCCCAACGUACAUCAUCUGGGCUGGAAUGAUUUGCUCUUAAGUGAUAUGAACACAUUAUUAUUACUUUUUAGAACUGGUUUUCUUAUUGGUAACUAUACCCACUCUUUAAAUACAUGGUGAAAGGUAGGGUGUUUUUUUGCGGCAACGUUGACAGUGUCUGAAUUGUUUGCUUUUUGCCCAUCAAAAUGCAGAUAUCUUCGUUAAACUGCUGCUUUAAAAAAAAAAACUGAAACUAUACAACACCAGAAUUGUAAAUAGUGGAAUGACAUCAUUUUAUCUGUUAAAGUGUAGAACUCCUUCAAGCACAGUUUACUUGUUUUUUUCACCAGGGGUGAACAGCUGUGCAUUCUGCUUGUUAAGAUAAAUAAAUGUAAAAAAUCACAAAUUCUUAGAUUACUUUUUUUUUUUUUUAAAUGGCUUUUUUCUACUUUUUCUGGACCGUUAAAGGAAAAACAACAUUUAGAAAAGUUGGGUAUUACAUCAAAACAGUUUAAUUGAUGAAACUUUGUGACUAGGACCCAUUGAUGCCAGUAAUUCAGUUAUGAUUAUAAGAAUGUUAUUUUUAUUUAUCUUAAGUAAACAGUCCAGUGCAACACUGCUUUAUAGUGACAGAUGUUUUACCAUGGUGAAUUUAACCCAUGUUUUAGAUGAUUAAAUAAGGUUUAUAUUGGUAUUGAAUUCUAGUAGAUUAUACCUUAUUCAUUUAUAUUUUUUAACAGCAAUAUAACUAAAAUGUGAACAAUUUGGAAGAUAGUGAAAGGAAAACUGACUACCCCUCCAACUAACAGAAUGAUCCCAAACAGAUUCUCCAGUAGGUUGCAUUAAAACAAUAUGUAGCUGCUUUCCGUUUGUAGAACAUGUUUCUUUGUUUGUUUGUUUCAACAUCUGGUAAAGCUUGGGUUUGGUUCA